AUGGCUGCUCCCGCCGUCGCUGGAGGCGGAGGAGGAGGAGUUAUGGGGGCUCUCGAGAAAGAUGCGUGCAGAGCCCAUAUGUCAAUGGCCUUGGUUCAGCUCAUCAACGGAGGCUACCAUGUUAUUACCAAAGUAGCGCUCAAUGUCGGCAUUAAUCAGCUCGUUUUCUGCCUCUUCCGCGAUCUCCUUGCCCUUUCCAUUCUCGCCCCCGUUGCCUAUUUGCGGGAGAAGAGGAUCCGGCCGCCCAUGACUAGGAGCUUGCUCCUGUCAUUCUUCUUUCUUGGCUUGACUGGGAUUUUCGGCAACCAGCUUUUGUUUCUUCUUGGUCUUAGCUACACAAAUCCAACGUAUGCUGCUGCCAUACAGCCUUCAAUACCAGUAUUCACAUUUCUUCUGGCUGUGACAAUGGGUACAGAAAGAGUGAAUUUGCUCAAAACUGAAGGUCAAGCAAAGAUUUUGGGCACAACCAUCUGCGUUUCUGGUGCCAUAUUGAUGGUUCUUUUCCGCGGUCCAGCUAUCUUUGGACAGGCAGAGGCUGACUCGGCAAGCAAUGAAAUAAAGGAUAGUGGUCAACCAGAGCCUGUAGGAUGGUUUCUGUCCAGCCUACUAGACAUUGGUUUAGAGACUUGGCAUCUUGGGGUUAUAUGUUUAAUUGGAAAUUGUAUGUGCAUGGCAGCUUUUCUGGCCCUUCAGGCUCCAGUUUUAGCCAAGUAUCCUGCUAGCAUUUCAGUCACUGCAUAUUCUUAUGGCUUUGGGGCGCUAUUGAUGGUAGUGACAGCAUUCUUUGCGACCAAUGAAUCGACAGACUGGAGCUUAACUCGGUCAGAAUUAUUGGCUGUGCUAUAUGCUGGAACUAUCGCAUCUGCUCUUAAUUAUGGACUACUAACAUGGUGCAACAAGAUCUUAGGCCCUGCUUUGGUUGCCCUCUACAAUCCGCUGCAACCUGCCGCAUCUGCCUUCCUCUCCAGGAUUUUCCUGGGCAGCCCUAUUUAUUUGGGAAGCAUAGUUGGAGGAUGCCUAAUCAUUGCUGGCCUAUAUUUAGUGACAUGGGGAUCUUACAGAGAGACACAAGCAGCAUUGAUUCUGGUGGUUGCUGAGGUUCCGAUCCGGGCAUCAGAUCCUCUGAUUCACAAAGAUGGAACCAUGAACAAAGGAGUGUACCAGAGGGGACACAUUUUCGCCGGUUCCUCGCUCAAACCCAUAGAUUAA